AAGAGGAGAGGAUGGGGGUGUGGCUUAGGUUAUGACAUUCACUGAGAGAGAGAGUUCUCUGUGUGUGUGUGUGAAAGGGGGGGGCUGUGUGUUUGAGAGAGAGAGGGAGAGAUAGGGAGACAGGGAGGAGGGCUAAGUAUGUAUGUGACAGAGAGGAUGAAAAUGAGACGGGGACAGAGAAGAGGGCUGUGUGUGUAAAAGAGAGGGAGAAAAAGAGGGACAUAUAAGAGAGCUGUGUUUGAUAGAGGGAGGGAGAAAAAAGAGAUUGAGGGAGGGCUGUUUUGAGGAUGUGCUUGAAAACGGAGGAGGGAGGAGGAAAAGGAGAGAACUGAGCUGAGACAAAUCUGUCUGAUCCGCACACUGGUCUCUGCGAUAGAGGAGAGAGGGAGGAGGAGAAGAGAGGCGGAAGAGAAGAGAGGAUAGGAAGAAGAAGCGAGAGAACACAGGACUGCACAGUGAGACACAUUCAUAUUGGAGACCUGGAGGAUCUAUUGACAGGGUUAGAGGUCAGGGGCUAGGCAGACAUGAUGACAUCACAUGGAAAGCUGAGGAUGCAGAGAGGGAGUCUAUACGAGUAUGACUCCCAGAUCAAAGACCUGCGGGCCCAGCUGUGUGACCAGAUGAAGGUUCUGGAUGGUCAGGUGGAAGUCAAAGGUCAACAGCUGUCUGACCUGUCCGAGUUCUUCCGUCGUCGUGGUGACAUUGAGGCGGAGUACGCCCGUGCCCUCGACAAACUUACAGAGAGGUUCACUCUAAAGACCAAGAGGAAGGAGCAGAGCGGUCAGUCGGUGUCUCAGUGUUGGUCAGUUCUGUUGACUCAGACACGUGCAGAGAGCAGAGAACACGCAGCGCUGAGUGACUCCUGCUCACACACACUCACACAGCGACUCACACACUGCUCAGAGGACACACACCGCCUGGCAAAACGGAGUAAGGAGGUGGGAGUUCAGAUGCAAGAUGAGCUACUGAAAGUCACCACUGAACUGCAGACGGCUCUGAGGACAUACCACCAGUACCAUACAGACAGUCUGACAGCGGAGGGGAAACUAAAGGAAGCCACACGAUUGGAGGAGAGACAGACGGGCAAGUCAGCUGAACUGGGGAUAACCCAAUCAGGAGGCCAGAGACGGAGCUCUGUGAAGAAGAUGGAGAAAAUGAUGGAAAAGAGACAUGGCAGAGUGCAGGAGACCCAGCUGAAGUGCACUAAGGCUCGCAAUGACUAUCUGCUGAAUCUGGCAGCUGCCAACGCAACUAUGAACAAGUACUAUCUACAGGAUCUCAGCACACUCAUAGACUGUACUGACCUGGGGUUCCAUCUGUCCUUGGAGCGAGUGAUGAGGUCAUACCUGGCCAGCAGGGGGCGUGUCCUGAAGGCUGAGGAGGCCGGGCUAAAGCAGCUGGAACAGGAAGUGACAUCACUGGAUCAGGGAGGAGACAGAGACGCUCUCCUACAGAACCACGACACAGCAUUCUGUCUGCCCUUCCGCUUCAGUUACCAUCCCCAUGAGGGAGACCAGGUGGGCGAGGUGAGUGCGGAGAGCCAGGUGAGGUAUGAGUUAGAGACCAGGUUCCAACAGCUCCAGUCCCGCCUCUCCACCGAAACCUUGGAAACAGAGGAGGUCAGUAAGACACUCAAAGCCACCCUCUCCGCGCUAUUGGACAGUAUGUGUGACAGUGACAGUAACCCCCCCCCUGACCUGCCCAUCAGCCUAUCACACGACCCCAUGGGAACCGCCUCUGCCUCCAAACUAGCCCUUGCCAAGCGGAGAGCCAAUCAGCAGGAAACCGAGACGUUCUACUUUACGAAAGUUAAGGAGUAUCUGAUUGGAAGCUCCCUGAUCUCCAAACUACAGGCUAAACAUGACCUGCUGCAGGAGGCCAUACAGAAAGCUAAGGCCGUUGAUAGCGACCCCUCCAGAAUGCAGUGUGCUAGGUCAGUACGUGUGCGGAGGUCCAGACCCUGUUCCAUGUUCAGCCACACUCUCUUCACCUCUGAUAUGCUGGGUUUCAUACAGAGUUCAGGGCAGCAGAUUCCUGUGGUGGUUGAAAGCUGCAUUCGCUUCAUAAAUCUUCACGGUCUGCACCAUGAGGGGAUAUUCCGUGUUCCAGGGUCCCAGAGAGAGGUCAACCACAUCAGGGACGCUUUUGAGCGAGGAGAGGACCCUCUAGCAGACAGUGACUGUGACAUUGAUUCGGUGGCUGGUGUGUUGAAGCUGUACUUCAGAGGACUGGACCCGCCACUGUUCCCUGAUGAAUACUACACAGAACUAUUGGACUGUGUCCAAAACGAGGGAUUGGCAGAGAAAGCAGCUCAGAUAAAGUCAGUUGUCUCCUCCUUCCCUCGACCUCUCCUUAUCGUCAUACGUUACCUCUUCGCUUUUCUCAACCAUGUGUCCCAGUACAGCGAUGAGAACAUGAUGCAGCCCUAUAACCUGGCGGUGUGUUUCGGGCCGAGCCUCCUGAGAGGGUCGGAUUCUGGUGAUGUUGUCGCUAGGCAACCACAGGUCAAUGACCUCGUCAAGACCAUGAUCCUCCAGUAUGAUGUCAUCUUCCCGUGCCAAUCAGAGCUGCCCGGGCCCGUGUACGAGAAGCACAUGACUCUGGAGCAGGAGUACUGUGAACCAAUCACAGAGGAGGGAGAUGGGGACACUGAACAAUUCCACAUUGAGGAUGAGUGUGAGGCGGUGGCCAUGUUCGAUUACACCGCACGGUCUGCUACUGAACUGUCCUUUAAGCAGGGCGAUCCACUCCUUCUGCACAGCAAGGCCUCUUCUGAUUGGUGGAGAGGGGAAGCGGGAGGAGUUAGGGGUCUCAUACCGCAUAAAUACAUCAGUGUGUUGGAAGGAGCGGAGCGAGGGAGGAGGGAUGAGGUCAGUGGAGGAAGCACUGGAAACCUGGCUUCAGAAGAGCUUCAGACUGAGAACACGACCCGGCUGCGGGUGAACAGUGACAGUGCUUCGUUGCCUGGAAGACAGAGGGCAGCGGAGGGCAGAGGCAGUCCCGUCCGAAAGAACCCCCUCUCCCCUGUGACACGCCAAAACACAGGGAAUCAGGAGCGUAGGCACACCUUGGACAGUGUGAGGCAGAGGGCAGGAGCCAUAGAGAGACAGACAGAUGGAGGAUCUAUUGAAAGACCGGACAUCAGUAAACAGAUGAGCUCUGUAUUCAAGGAGCUUCUCUCUCGCCAGCCGUCCCUGCAUCCUGCUGCAACCCAGCCACCUCCCUCCUCUUCCUCCUCCUCUUCAUCCCUCUCCUCCUCUCUCCCAGGAGGCAGGAAAGUGGGGUUCAGCCUCAGGGGGCGGGCUCUCUUCAGACCAGCGGACCAAUAGGAGGACUGAAGCAGAAUUAUAAUAAUGAUGAUUUAUUUUUCUGACACGUUUGUGUGUGAUAUGAUAUUAGUGUGUGAUGAUGUUUGUGUGUGAUAUUGCUAGUCUUUUACACCUGUCUCAGUGCUGUCUAUCGUUCUCUAUUAGAACAAGGAUGGGUUUGGUUUCCAAUAACUCAGGGCUGGGGUAACUUACCUAUUUCUGUGGUAAAUUGUUUUUAAACUUGAUAAACACUCAUUUAAACCACUUAGUAAGAGUAUAACAACUUACUUCUUAAUUAUAAUACUGGAAACUGGGUCCAAUAGCAUAUCCAAGAUGGCCUCCACACCAGAUCCUGGGAUGCUGGUUAAACUGUGAAAAUGAUUCUUUCCACCACUCUAGUAAUUCUAACUCUAUGGUCUGAGGGGCUUUGUUCACUCUAGUCAUUAUAUUUCUAUGGAUGCAACCCUCCUCCCUCUUCCCUGGACCACUGUUGAUGAUGUCACUGGAAUAGCUGUAUUAAAAUACUUCUGUGGUAAAAUGAAUAAAUAAUAAAUAUUAGAUUCUGA